UUCUAAAUUGUGGGGUGGAGAAGCUAUAGAAAGGAGGCUCUCUUCGUGUGUUUCGCUUUUAUCUAUGUCUGUGCCUGUCUCUCUCUCGCACGCAUGGUUUCGACAUCUUCAUGUUAAAAGAGAAAUUUCCUAAUUGGAUCCCCUUUUCGGUUCCCAAUAAACACUACCUCUGAUGUGCCGCAGCCGCUAAUCUAACCUCCAUGUUUCCUGUUCUUCCCAGGGUUUAUUAAUCCGGGUCAUUUUGCCUGCUCUUCUAGGGUUCCGAUACCAAAACUGGAAAGAUUUAAAUAGAAAAAAAAAAAAAACAAAACGCAAAAGAGGAAAAAAUGGAUCUGGGACUCAGAAAGUUUGUCUUCUCGUUAGCGUUAGUGGUUGUGAAAUUUAUGCAAAUCUAUCUCGUAUAUGCCUCAGGGCCGUGAUUUCAAGCGCUGGAGGUGUUUUCUUUUACUUACCAUUCGUUUUGUUUGUUUCGUUUGAAUGGCGAAUAAGAUGGCAGUACAAUGCGAGAUCUCGCUCGGAGUCGUGCUGCUCCGCGGUGGUUAUAUGUUUGAUUAGCGAAGACCGAGCUUUGGAUGUAAUGGUAGAUUAAUAUUUUGCGCUGAGUAGAGCAAGAAUCGUGGUCUUAAAAAAUGCAUUUCGCAAAGCUCGAUGACUCUCCUAUGUUUCGCAAGCAGAUACAAAGCUUGGAGGAAAGUGCUGAAUCAUUAAGGGAGCGAAGUUUAAAGUUUUACAAAGGGUGCCGAAAAUACACUGAAGGACUUGGGGAGGAAUAUGAUGGGGAUAUUGCUUUUGUGGGUGCACUGGAAACUUUUGGUGGAGGGCAUGAUGAUCCCAUUAGUUUGGCUUUUGGAGGCCCUGUUAUGACCAAAUUUACCAUUGCGCUGAGAGAAAUUGGGACUUACAAAGAACUUCUUCGAUCCCAGGUUGAGCACAUGAUGAAUGACAGAUUACUGCAGUUUGUCAAUAUUGAUCUGCACGAGGUCAAGGAAGCACGGAAGCGUUUUGACAAGGCUAGUAUUGUUUAUGACCAGGCUCGUGAAAGGUUUCUGUCCCUGAGGAAAGGCACAAAGACAGAAGUAGCAAUUGGUUUAGAGGAGGAGCUUCAUAAUGCAAGGUCUACAUUUGAGCAAGCUCGUUUCAAUUUGAUAACUGCACUUUCUAAUGUCGAGGCAAAAAAGAGGUUUGAAUUUUUGGAAGCAGUCAGUGGGACAAUGGAUGCACAUCUUCGUUACUUCAAACAGGGAUAUGAGUUGUUGCAUCAAAUGGAACCGUACAUUAAUCAGGUCUUGACUUAUGCACAACAGUCAAGAGAAAGGUCGAACUAUGAGCAGGCUGCACUUUCUGAAAGGAUGCAAGAUUAUAAAAGGCAGGUGGAUCGAGAGAGUAGGUGGUCUUCCUAUGGUACGAACAGAUCUCCUAAUGGAGAUGGUAUACAAGCCAUCGGCAGAAGUUCACAUAAAAUGAUAGAGGCAGUCAUGCAGUCUGCUGCAAACGGAAAGAUUCAAACCAUUCGACAAGGUUAUCUCUCAAAGCGUUCCUCAAACUUAAGGGGUGACUGGAAAAGAAGGUUUUUUGUUCUUGAUAGCCGAGGAAUGUUGUAUUACUAUCGGAAACAGUGCAGCAAACCAUCUGCCUCUAGCAGUCAAAUUUCUGGUCAGAGGCAUAGUUCGGAGCUUGGUUCUGGACUGCUGAGUCGGUGGCUUUCAUCUCAUUACCAUGGUGGUGGAGUGCACGAUGAGAAAUCUGUUGCUCGUCACACAGUGAACCUGCUUACAUCAACAAUCAAAGUUGAUGCUGAUCAAUCAGAUCUUAGGUUUUGCUUCAGGAUCAUUUCACCUACAAAGAACUACACUUUGCAGGCAGAGAGUGCCCUGGAUCAAAAGGAUUGGAUUGAAAAGAUCACAGGGGUCAUUGCUUCAUUACUUAGUUCUCAAGCUCCUGAGAUGUGUCCGUCUGCUGGUCCAAUGGGAAUUAGUCAUCAUCGGUCUGCAAGUGAGAGUAGUUCGUUUGAAAGUUCUGACUUUGAUCACUGCACAGUUGAAGAAUAUACAUCAGAGAGGAGCCUUGCUACUGCACAUCAUGAACGCCCAAUAAGAAAUAUGCAACCACAACGAUCCUGCAUAAAAAGUGAGAAGCUAACUGAUGUAUUGCGAAGAGUUUGCGGAAAUGAUAAAUGUGCUGAUUGUGGUGCCCCUGAACCAGAUUGGGCAUCAUUAAAUCUUGGUGUUCUUGUUUGUAUUGAAUGUUCUGGUGUUCACCGUAAUCUUGGGGUGCACAUAUCGAAGGUACGAUCUCUUACACUAGAUGUCAAAGUGUGGGAUACUUCGGUUAUAAGUUUGUUUCAGUCUCUGGGCAAUACAUUUGCAAACUCAGUCUGGGAGGAACUAUUGCAAUCAAGAAGUGGCUUCCAGCUUGAUCUCGUCCCCGUGGGCUUAUACAAGUCCGAUAAAUCACAGUUGAUUUUUCUCUGUAAACCUAGUCACACUGAUUCUAUAUCAGUGAAAGAAAAGUUCAUCCAUGCAAAGUAUGCAGAAAAGCUUUUUGUUCGCAAGUCAAAAGACAAGCAAUAUCCUCAUUUAGUUGCACAACAAAUCUGGGAGGGUGUGCGUGCUAAUGACAAGAAAGCUGUAUACCGUCACAUUGUUAAUUCCGAAGCUGAUGUGAAUGUUGCAUACAAGCAAACAUCUUGUGAGUCCUCUUUAGCAGGGGAUUCAAUGGAGAGGUCCUUCACUAGCUCUACAAAUUUGGCAGGUACAAGUGAAGCCCUGAGCCUGGAGGAUCUAGAUGGAUGCACUCUGCUUCACCUAGCUUGUGAAACUGCAGACAUAGGCAUGAUAGAACUCCUCCUACAGUAUGGUGCAAACGUAAAUGCAACUGAUUGCAGAGGCCAAACACCACUCCACCACUGCAUUCGCAGAGGCAGGACCACAUAUGUGAAGUUGCUUCUUACAAGGGGAGCUGAUCCCCGUGCUGUAAAUUGCAACGGUAUAAACCCUUUUGAGCUAGCAGUAGAGUCGAACUUUGGUGAUAGUGAAGUACUUGCUUUAUUAGCUUACUCAAAUGGAUAAGAUUCUUUUGAACAAGAAAUUACUGAAGGCCAAUUACAUUAAAUAUGGGUAAUCUAAGAGAGAAAGAUACGAUUGUAUUGAAUUUUGUGCAAUUAUAUGACAUAGUAUUUACAUUUGAGGGUA